AUGUAUAUCAGUCAAUCACUUGAUACACUUAUUUCGAAAGAUAAUCAAAAACGAAAAUGGUGGCAUAGUUAUAGACUUGUCAUUAUCGGUAUAUCUUUUAUUCUUUUAGCACUUGCUAUAAUUACUACUCUUGCUCUACUAUUAAAAUGCGUUGUUCUUGUAUCGAUCAAGCCACAAACUACAAUCAUAUCUACUAUUGUAACAUCUUCAAUAACUACUACGACUGUGAAACAACAAAAUUGGAUUAAUACUGAUCGAAUGAGUAAUGGACGAAAUUUUCAUACAGCAACUCUAUUAAAUAAUGGAAAAGUAUUAGUUACUGGUGGAUUAUCUUCUAAUCCUUUGAAUAGUGCUGAAUUAUAUGAUCCGUCAAGAGAUAUUUGGACAAUUACGAGUAGUAUGAAUUUCUCACGAUAUCAUCAUACAGCAACUUUAUUAGAAAAUGGAAAAGUGUUAAUUACUGGUGGAAAUGAUGGUCAUAAUAGUAUUAAUACUACUGAAUUGUAUGAUCCAUUAACUGAAAGUUGGCUCACUGUUAGUAAUAUGAAUAAUGAACGAAUUGAUCAUACAGCAUCUCUAUUAGAUAAUGGAAAAGUAUUGGUUACUGGUGGGAAAAGUGGGAAUGAUUAUUUAAAUACUGCUGAAUUAUAUGAUCCAUUAACAAACAAUUGGAUAAAAACUAGUAGUAUGAAUAAUGCUCGAGUAGAACAUACAGCAACUUUAUUAAAAAAUGGAAAAAUCUUAGUAACUGGUGGACAUAAUAUUCAGGUUUUAAAUAGUGCGGAAUUAUAUGAUCCAUUUAAAGGAAGUUGGACAAUAACUGGUAAAAUGAUAAAUGCACGAUAUUCUCAUACAGCAUCAUUAUUAAUAGAUGGAAAAGUAUUAGUUACUGGUGGUCUUAAUCAGAAUGCUUUAAAUAGUGCUGAAUUAUAUGAUCCAUUCACUGAAAAUUGGACAAGUACAACUAAUAUGAAUUCUACACGUUGGUAUUCAACAGCAUCUCUAUUAAAUAAUGGAAAAGUAUUAAUUACUGGUGGAUCUAAUAAUGAAAUAUUAAAUACUGUUGAAUUAUAUGAUCCUUCAAAACAAACUUGGACAAUUAUUAAUAAUAUGACUAAUACACGAUAUUCUCAUACAGCAACUAUAUUAAAUAAUGGAAAUGUUUUAGUUAUGGGUGGACGAAAUUCCUCGAUGGCUUUAGAUACUGCAGAAUUAUAUUCGCCAUUAUAA